GCAAUAUCGCAAGUGCAGAUAUUAUGACAUUAUAUAAGAGAGCUUUCUUCACAGAUAUAGUGUCAUCCUUAUUCAUUUAGGCUUAGCCACGCAGGAAAAGGCGUCGAAAGCAUAUUCUUUGGAGUUCGGCGAUAACCUCAAUUGAUUAUCUUGUACAAUUUAAUAUUUCAAACAUGCCUCCUUCAUCUAUAGGGGCCGAAGUCCCAAUAGGCUCUGGAACUAUACCGCUAGGUGGAAUCAUUGGUAUCGCCAUUGGCAGUGCUAUCGUGUUGAUUGUGUUUGGAGUUACAGCAGUGACAUAUGUAAAACGCCAUCAUCGAAAUGCAACCAAAAUUCGCGAGGAUGAAGUUCAAGAUGACAAAAUUACGAGUUCAGUUGGACGAGCAAACUCAUCGCCGUAUUCGCUUCCUCUACUCGCAACUCCAUACCAUUAUCUGCCGCCUAGGAAUGUCCCUGGUCGGCGUGGUACGGCGAAGCACGCAAACUUUAUUGAUGAUGAUGAGGAGGAGGAGGAGGAUGAAAACAUUGUUAGACCGGGUACGAAGAGAUCAUCCGGGCCUAAGAACCUCUUCCAAAAACAAAGAUCUAGUAUCAGAGAUUCAUGGCCGUUGGCAUCCAGGACUCAGUCACCCGCAAAAUCGCUCCCCCAUGCUCAAUCAGAGAAAAACAUACGAAUUAAUUGUGUAGCCCCACCAGGCUAUGUUCUCCAGGAGCCACAGCGUCCGAAAAGGACAUUCUCGAGGAAGUCUCAUGUCAAGAAUUCGGAUUCUGUUGAAGAUAUUACAAUAAUCGAUGGGGAGCCUAAUAUACUCCGUGGCAGAAGCCGAUCCAACUCGGAGAACCAGUUAUCAUCAAUUCUAAAAUCAACAUCUCAACGUCUCAGGGACACCCACAGACAGUCUGUGAGGAGAAGUUGGAGCAAUCUAGGGAGAUUUCCAGGAUCACCUCCUAAACAAAGGCUACCUAAUCCACCGUUGAACAAAGCCACAGAGAGCAGAGAAGUCCUUCUUGCACCUGAACUCUCUACACCAGACAUUACUUCCCGUGAAGAAAUGCAAUCACCACGAACACCAAGUCCGGGAAAGAGAAUUCCAAGACUGUCUGGUAGAGCAUUCAAGAAUCGAGGGCGAUCACCCACACCAUCUGGAGAGUCAGAUGACAGCCUUUGUGGCAUCGAUACACCUGAUCUUGUUAUUCCAGCACAGCUCACAUCACCAAGCAAGAGUGGUCGAAGAUUUGAACAGCGCCAUCGAAUGAAUCUUUCUCCCACCAAGGGCUCUAAUGGAGAAGUAAAGACAAACCGAAUCCCUAAGACAUCACUCACAAAUGAUCCAUUCUUCUCCUCGGUUAAGAGUGCAAAAGUCACCCAAUCUACUACAAUUUAUGGGCCACAACCUCGUUACAUGAGAAAGGCUACUUUUGGGCAGGAAGAUCUCCAAGAGCAAGUUAUGAAUCUUGGUGACCUACCAUUGAAGGAUAUCUCAGGAAACCAAAAAGGGCCACUGGUCAAUCAGCCUCGAUACCCUCCGACUUUAACUGAGCUCAAUCCGUUUCAGUGGUCACCAAAAGAAGCUAUGCAAACUCGACCCAGGACAGCAAGUCCUAAUAAAAUCAUAUCGAAGAGAAAGGGACAUAAGCGUUCGAAUGUGGUACGAAUCUCUGGCUUAUCUAGGCCAACAAGUGUUAGUGUGGUUCAUGAAGAGUCGGAAGGGGAAUCUCCUGGCAUGACAACGAUAAUAUCUCGACCAACUCUUCGUGUAGUCGAGCCAAGUCCUUCGUGUGCUUCACUCUCCAGUCGAUAUUCUAGUGCUAUGCCUCGACCCCCGUCAGUUUCUACCUUCAAUCCCAGUAUAUCUAUACCCUCUUUGAAACCAGGCUCAAGGCAGGUGUCAUUGAAUCGUGAAAGGUCCGCAACACCACCCCCUUUGAGGAUCAGCCCGACUUUCAACAUUCCACAACUCAAGCCUGUGGAAAAACAUACACCACCCGAACAAGAACCAUACUCCCCUACGCCACCACCUUCAAAAUUCAAUUCAAUUCUCAACGCUCCUCCAUUGAAGCCAAUGGAGCGAUAUGCAUCUGGGUCAUCAAACUCCGAUGAAUACUCCCCAACAUUAUCAGUCUGUAAUUAUUACGCCGAGAAUUUAAAUUCUGAAGUUGAGUUCUUCAAACAGGCCCGAUCAUCACUUGCUAUGAAGUCUCAGGUCCGUCGUCAUAUACAGAACAUUGAUGAAGAAAUCAUAAGCCCCGAUACCCCAACGGAUACUUUAGUUUCUUUUCCGGCACUGCCUCCACCAGAACCGGCAAUUGAAGAAAAGAGAAGUCAUCAUCCUGAUGUCCUGGAAUCUUGGAGAUCAGAGCGUCCGCCAUCACGAGCUAGCAACCCGUCAAGUCUUUCCCGAAUAUCAAGUUUGGCCAACAAAAACUCAAGAGCACCAAGCCCUAAGCGAGUGUCUUUCAAUGAAAGUUCAAACAAUAAACCACCCAGCUCUGCACGAUUUUCUCAGUCCUCAAUUAAUAAUGCAUUGAUUCUCGGCCCCAGACAAUUCUCACGCGCGAAUCCUCCAUCCCCAUUAACUAUCCCAUCCACCUCUUUACCCGCACCGCCAAUCCUCAGCCCACCUCUACCAAUUCCUGUUCAUCUUACCGGACCCCGACCAGAACCUUACAAACCUGGGUCAUUCAGCACUGCCAUGACCACUCUUGCAUCCAAUACCCCCAACUCCACUCGUGAGUCAAUCGCUACAAGCAUUGGUCUCUUACGUCGCAUGAAUUCUGAGAUUUCUUGUAUCAGUGCUGGUGAUACCGAUUCUUCUCCAAUGGUGCCUGGAAUUGGUCUCGACUGGAGCGAUCGCCAUCGUGCGUGUCGCUCAUCUCGAUUUUAUCUCUCAAUCGGUUCACCCAUCGACGGUACAGCCGUUCAAAAUUAUCGGUCCUCCCUCAGUAUGCUCUAUCCGAAUUCUUAUUCUGUAUAUUCCAACUCGUAUUUUCCUCAAGGAAAUGAUUCAAGUACUAGCGUCAACAGUGUUAGCGAGAGACGCCAGUCGAGGAGUGAUUUGAUGAAUCCUAACUACGGUAAUCUGCAAGAGAUACUGGAGGAUAUUAAUGCAAGUCGUGAAGGAAGCAGAGGUGCAAGCACUAGAGGGAGUAGUCCAGUAGCAAUGGGCAGACAUGGAUUGAACGUCAAAGAGAAGAAAUUAUCUUUAACGAAUCUGACUAUUCUCCCAGACGGGGGAAUCGGUUACAUGAUGGACUACGAUGAUGAGGAUGAAAUUGUCGUUGAACCCUUGUCGUUAUCGAAAACCAAGAUGAACGUAGAAAAGGAAGUGAAAUCAACCAAGGACACCAAAGAUACUCGCUGGUCCGACGCAAUGAUUAAGCCUCUCACGAAAACUACUCGGCGAGAAAGUAAAAUGGAACAUCCCAGUCCCAUAACACCACCAAAUUGGGGAUGGAGUCAAGCGGUAACCGUAGCAAAAGAAAGAUUGAGCAGAAGUCCAACUAGGGAUAAGGAGAACGUGGUAGAUAAUGAUUGUGAAAGGGGAAGAGAUAGCCCUGAGAGUCCAGGGUUGUAUGAUCAAGAUGGGUUUUUGAGGAGUUCGCCGGAACGCACAACUGUAGAUGCAAGUCAGAAUGGGGAUAGUAGGGGAAGAGCAAGGCGAGCGACAGUUAAUGCGUUUUCUGGAGAUUUGAUGGAACAGAAAACGAGGGAGAAGUUAUCUGCGCACAUAGUUACGUCAUAAUAUUUGGAUAUGGAGGACUUGUGGAAUGCAGAAAUACAAUGCGAGGGACA